UCUUUUCGGCAAAACUCAAAACACUAGUUUAUAUAAUUUCAAGUUAAAAAUGCCCUAAAAAAUCCUCAAAAUUCGAGCUAAUUACCCGUUCGCUGUAGGUUUCGCAAUCAGACUGAAAUUGAAUUGGAUGUGGCUGGGGUCCCGACCCUCAGACGUCUCGCAGAUCUCCAGAUUGAGUUAAAAUGGCGCGAAUCGAUGUGAGUGUGCGCCAAGGAGCCGCCUUUUUGGCACUGUACAUACUGCUGCUGGCGGCGCUCGUGCGUCCGCAGAUGAACUUCAGCAUCUUCGUGGACACGUUCUUCCUGCGGGUGAGGACCUCGGCGAUCAUGGUGCUGAGCUACCGGUUCGACACGUUCAUGGCGGUGGUCGCCGCCCCCCUCAGCGCCGCCACUGUGUACGCGGUCUCCAGGUGGAACGAGCGGGUCGAGAACCCCUCCUCCCACAAGAUGGUCAUCAUGGGCGUGGUCCUCGCCUACGUCCUGGUGCUGCUGGCCAACGUGGUGGCCAACGGAGUGGUCGUCCAGAAGGCCCUCGUCCGCUUCGAUCAGUGUCCUUACAAGGCGUGGGGCAUGUACCGCCAGAUGGCGAUGUCCUUCGUCGAGUCGGUGUUCACGGAUGUGAAGGAACUCUUCACCCGGAAGCACCACAAGCGACCCCGACUGGUCUACCGAAUGCACUAGGAAGCCAUUCAUCUGUUGCAUUCCGAAGACACUUUUAAAACUAUUUUAAAAUUUCACAAUACAUAUAAUGUUAUUGGAGUGUUAUAACUUAAGCUCCAUUUAAAAACAUUUUAAAGUACAAUUUUAAACCUAAAAAUAUCAAGUGUGAGGAUGAGCAAAAUUAUGGAUUGUUGAUCAAGUAAAUGUCUGCAUUGAAGACCAAUAAACGAUAAAAGCGCCAUAAAGCAUGA